AUGCACUGCAACCAGGAGAAUUCCAGCAAAGGCUUCAUGAAGACAGAGGCCCUGGGCCCCAGGCUGAAGCUGCUGAAUUUGUGUCAGAGCUACCGCCAAGGUUCUGGCUCCAGAUGCCUGGGCUCACUUUGCCUCCUCCCAACAGCCUUGGGUGCUGCCUAUGGUACCGCCAAGAGUGGCACUGGCAUCGCGGCCAUGUCUGUCAUGCGACCAGAGCUGAUCAUGAAGUCCAUUAUCCCAGUGGUCAUGGCUGGCAUUAUUGCCAUCUAUGGCCUGGUGGUGGCAGUCCUUAUCGCCAACUCCCUGAAUGAAGGCAUCAGUCUCUACAGGAGUUUCCUCCAGCUGGGCGCUGGUCUGAGUGUGGGCCUCAGUGGGCUGGCAGCUGGCUUUGCCAUUGGCAUUGUGGGUGACGCCGGUGUGCGGGGCACUGCCCAGCAGCCCCGACUAUUCGUGGGCAUGAUCUUGAUCCUCAUUUUCGCAGAGGUGCUGGGUCUCUACGGUCUCAUCGUCGCCCUCAUCCUCUCCACAAAGUAGCUCCUCUCAAAGCCCACCAGCCACAGGAUAUGAUGUAAAGACCACCCCCUCCUCAUUCCAGAAUGAACAGCCUGAUACACAUGCACGGGGCAGCUGCCCCCUCUACCCCCAAGUAGUUGGUCUUGUAAAUGCGCAGUGUCCUAGUGCCCAUUGUCUGUUGCCCCCACCCGCCCCGUGCCGUGGACAUCUGGGCCCACUCAUCAUCACCCAUCCAGGUCCCCCAACCAGUGAGGAUGGUGGCUUCUAGCCACCCCCACCUAUUUACCUGCCCUAGAGUGCUCUGUGUAUAGGGAUGAAUUCAAGUUGUCGUUUUCACUGGAUGUUUAUUUAUCAAGAUUUGACCUGUUCGCAAGUCUGUGGAGCAGCCCUACAGUCUCCCAACUAUAAUAAUUUUAUAGUGUCGCUUUGUGGGGUUACCGUGUGCCCUGAGAUUUUCUGUAUGGAACCACUGUCCUCCAGCCCUAGCUGCGGGGCCAUGAGCUGGGCCUGCCAGGCCCAGAGCCGGGUCCAAUAAAAUUCUCGGAUGUGACUGGA